CAUAUGUAUUUGUAAGAUUUAAUGAGAAGACCAAAAAAUACAUUGACUAAAGCAGCCAUGGAAAACCUUUUUCUUACAUUAUCGCUAUUUGUAGCCAUCUCUCAUACUCUGCCUCAUUUCGCCGGUUCUUUUCCGAUUUCUCAUAAUUUUCCGGCGGUUUUCAACUUCGGAGACUCUAACUCUGACACCGGAGAACUCACCUCCGGUCUUGGAUUCCUUCUCCAGCCUUCCUUUGGACAAACCUAUUUCAAACCUCCAUCUUCCGGAAGAUUUUGUAAUGGACGUCUCAUCGUCGAUUUUCUAAUGGAAGCAAUUGAUCGGCCCUAUUUGAGGCCAUAUUUAGAUUCGAUGAGCCGACAAAGUUACCAGAGAGGGUGCAAUUUUGCAGCGGCUGCGUCAACGAUUCAGAAGGCAAAUGCUGCAUCUUAUAGCCCCUUUGGCUUUGGUGUUCAAGUCUCUCAAUUCAUCACCUUUAAGUCCAAAGUCAUUCAACUGAUACAUCAAGAUGAAGAGCUCAAAAAAUACUUACCGUCCGAAUAUUAUUUCAAGAAUGGAUUAUAUAUGUUUGACAUCGGACAAAAUGAUCUUGCCGGAGCAUUUUACUCCAAGACAUUUGAUCAAGUUCUUUCUCUGAUUCCUACAAUCUUGGAUAUAUUUCAAGAUGGAAUAACGAGAUUACAUGCGGAAGGAGCAAGAAAUUUUUGGAUACACAACACAGGGCCACUUGGUUGUUUGGCUCAAGUUGUGUCACGAUUUGGGAAAGACAAAUCAAAGCUUGAUGAGUUUGGUUGUGUCAGUGACCAUAACCAAGCUGCUCAGCUUUUCAAUUUGCAGCUUAAUGGUCUUUUCAAAAAACUCCCUCAACUAUAUCCCGGUUCCCGUUUCACAUACGUAGAUAUCUUCUCGAUCAAAUCCGACCUCAUUCUGAAUCAUUCCAAAUACGGUUUUGAUCAUUCGAUACUGGUAUGCUGUGGAACGGGAGGACCGCCAUUGAACUACGAUGAUCAGGUUGGUUGCGGUAACACAGCAACAUCAAAUGGUACGACAAAGACCGCCAAACCUUGCAUUGAUAGCUCUAAAUAUGUUAACUGGGACGGCAUUCACUACACUGAAGCUGCAAACCGGUUUGUUACGCUACACAUUCUCACCGGUAAAUACUCUGAGACGUUGUCGUCUCAAAUUUUUUUAGCAAUGUAUGUAACUGAAAAAUUUACCAUUAUCAUUUUCUUUAUGCAUGCAUACAUAAGAAACUGAUUAGAUGGAUCAUUUCCAUUAAUUCAAGGUUUCUUAACCAAUAUAAAGGGAACAUUUUUGGUAACUUUCUUUCACAAAGACAAGUGCUUUGACACAAUAAAAUGAAUCUUCAAAUAA